AUGUCGCGCAUUAUGGUACUGGACUGUCCUGGCCGUGUGGAGAAGGAAAGUGACCGUCCUGGCCGUGUGAAGAAGGAAAGUGACUGUCCUGGCCGUGUGGAGAAGGAAAGUGACCGUCCUAGGCGGGUCCAGAAGGAAAGUGACCGUCCUAGGCGGGUCCAGAAGGAAAGUGACCGUCCUGGUCGUGUGGAGAAGGAAAGUGACCGUCCUGGUCGCGUGGAGAAGGAAAGUGACCGUCCUAGGCGGGUCCAGAAGGAAAGUGACCGUCCUAGGCGGGUCCAGAAGGAAAGUGACCGUCCUAGGCGGGUCCAGAAGGAAAGUGACCGUCCUAGGCGGGUCCAGAAGGAAAGUGACCGUCCUGGUCGUGUGGAGAAGGAAAGUGACCGUCCUGGUCGUGUGAAGAAGGAAAGUGACCGUCCUGGUCGUGUGAAGAAGGAAAGUGACCGUCCUGGUCGUGUGAAGAAGGAAAGUGACCGUCCUGGUCGUGUGAAGAAGGAAAGUGACCGUCCUGGUCGUGUGGAGAAGGAAAGUGACCGUCCUAGGCGGGUCCAGAAGGAAAGUGACCGUCCUGGUCGUGUGGAGAAGGGAAGUGACCGUCCUAGGCGGGUGGAGAAGGAAAGUGACCGUCCUGGCCGUGUGGAGAAGGGAAGUGACCGUCCUAGGCGGGUGGAGAAGGAAAGUGACCGUCCUAGGCGGGUCCAGAAGGAAAGUGACCAGCCUGGGCGGGUCCAGAAGGAAAGUGACCGUCCUGGUCGCGUGGAGAAGGGAAGUGACCGUCCUGGCCGUGUGGAGAAGGAAAGUGACCGUCCUAGGCGGGUCCAGAAGGAAAGUGACCAGCCUGGGCGGGUCCAGAAGGAAAGUGACCGUCCUGGGCAGGUCCAGAAGGAAAGUGACCGUCCUAGGCGGGUCCAGAAGGAAAGUGACCGUCCUAGGCGGGUCCAGAAGGAAAGUGACCGUCCUGGCCGCAUGGAGAAGGAAAGUGACCGUCCUAGGCGGGUCCAGAAGGAAAGUGACCGUCCUAGGCGGGUCCAGAAGGAAAGUGACCGUCCUAGGCGGGUCCAGAAGGAAAGUGACCGUCCUGGGCGGGUCCAGAAGGAAAGUGACCGUCCUAGGCGGGUCCAGAAGGAAAGUGACCGUCCUAGGCGGGUGGAGAAGGAAAGUGACCAGCCUGGAUACUCCACGCACUAA